ACAUACUUCCCACUAACAUAUAGUCUUCUCAUACUCAAUAUAAUAAAAUAUAUAUAAAAAAAAGUUCCUGGAAAAUUUAUUCAACUUCACCCAUAAGUUCAUUCUUUUUGCAUGAGUUUUAUGUCAAAGAAUUGUUAGUGAAAUUUUUUAUGCGCGUAAAGCUAACUAAUGGAAGAAUAUGCGAAGAGGGUACAUGAUCCAUAUUUUCAACCUCACAUGGCGGUUGGGAUUACGGUUUCAGAAGACUCAUUGGCUAACUGUGUUUGGGUGUCAGGGCCGGUGAUUAUAGGAGCGGGCCCCUCAGGGCUCGCUGUAGGCGCUUGUCUCAAGAAUCAAGGAAUUCCUGCCUUGAUUCUUGAAAAGACGCAUUGUAUAGCAUCUUUAUGGCAAUUGAAGACAUACGAUCGUUUAUGUCUUCAUCUACCUAAACAAUUUUGUCAGCUCCCUCUUAUGUCUUUUCCAAAAGAUUUCCCAACUUACCCAACUAAGCAACACUUCUUAGCUUACCUUGAAGCCUAUGCUAAAAAGUUCGAUUUGAAGCCUGUAUUCAAUACGGUAGUCUUAAAAGUGGAAUACGAUAGUGGAUGCGGUAUGUGGAGGGUGAAAACAAAGGUGACCGAGUAUAUUUGCCGAUGGGUGAUAGUGGCUACGGGGGAGAAUGCAGAGGAAGUUGUACCCAAUAUUGAAGGGAUGAAUGAAUUCAAAGGACCAAUUGUACACACAAGUUCAUAUAAAAGUGGUGAUUCUUUUGAAAACAUGAAGGUUUUGGUGGUUGGAUGUGGGAAUUCAGGCAUGGAAGUUUGCUUGGAUCUUUGUAACCACAAUGCUCGUCCAUCACUUGUGGUUAGAGAUUCUUUUCAUAUAUUGCCACUAGAGAUGCUUGGUAGAUCAACUUUCGAACUGUCAAUGUGUUUGCUGAAAUGGUUCCCCGUUAGAGUAGUUGAUCGGUUAUUGCUCAUGGCAUCACACUUGAUGAUCGGUGACACAGAUAGACUCGGACUACAUAGACCUAAGCUUGGUCCCCUUGAACUAAAGAACGUCUCUGGUAAAACGCCCGUGCUGGAUGUAGGUGCACUUGCAAAGAUAAGAAGCGGACACAUCAAGGUUUUUCCAGGAAUUAAGAGACUUAUUGCAUGCAAUAAUGUGGAGUUUGUAGAUGGAAGAACGGAGGAAUUUGAUGCAAUUAUUUUAGCCACAGGUUAUAAAAGUAAUGUGACUUCUUGGUUAAAGAACACAAAGUUAUUCUCUGAAAAGGAUGGAUUUCCCACGAAACAAUUCCCCGAAGGCUGGAAAGGAGAGUGUGGAUUAUACGCCGUUGGGUUCACAAAACGUGGGUUAAUAGGUACAUCCCUAGAUGCUUCUAGGAUUGCAGAAGACAUUGCACGUCAAUGGAGCACAAGCACGAAGCAUUUCAAGCCGUUUCUACAGCAUCCACCACCAUUAUAAUUAACUAUAUAUGGUCGCUCAAGUUCAUAUAUAUAUAGUUGAUGUUAUAAUUUCAUGUGGAGUAGUAUGUAUGUUUGAUUAGAUUCAUUAAUUAUUAGGAAGUAAGAUUAAUUAGUUAGCUAGGGCUUGCUCAUAUAUAUGAAGUGUAAAGAAGUGGUGAUAUUUGAUUGAUGUGAAUAUAUAUACAUAAUGGGAAUUAUUGAUCAA